UAGUUAACAGGUUCUUCUAGGCCAAUUGAGAACAGAUAAAAGGAAAUUGAGAGAAUCAGAGAUGCUUGUUGCUUCUUCAAUGGCCUUAAAAUUGGCAUAAUACCACAUCAAAUUUCUAUCGUGGUCACAGAAUCUAUUAAAACACAAACUCAGGUGAUGCAGAUAUGCACUUUAAAUUGCUGUUACCAUAAAGUACUUGUCUGAUCAAAUUAAAGAGAGAUGAAAGCAAAGGUGGAUGAUGGGGAGUUAGAGACAUCAGAUGACCCUCUUUUGCCAAAUGAGAAUUCUUCUACUAAUUUUCAUGAUUCAAUGUCUGUGGAUUCAUUCAUUGAUGAUUUGUUGAAGAAUGCCCGGACUUGUACUCACACUCACACUUGCAACCCACCUGGUCCUGACUCAGCUCAUACACAUACUUGUUACCACACUCACACCCAAGUUCUUGCAUCUGAAGAUGAUGAUCACACAACCAACAAAGAGCAUUCUGGUUCGAAAUCAAGAAAAUCUUCAGGCAACCGAGAAGCAGUUCGCAAGUAUAGGGAGAAAAAGAAGGCACAUGCUGCCUAUUUAGAAGAGGAAGUUAAGAAAUUGCGCAUGGUAAACCAGAAAUUAGUUAAGAAAUUGCAGAGACAGACAGUUCUUGAAGCUGAAGUCCUACGGCUGAGAAGUCUUUUGAUUGAUCUAAGAGGAAAGAUCGAUGACGAAUUGGGUUCUUUCCCCUUCAAAAAGCUAUGUAACACCACUACUAUCUUCAAGGAAGGUGAUUGUGAGCUGCAGCCUGCUGGUGGGGUACUUGGCCUGCAAUGUGAGACUGAUUCGCCAUGUUUCCAUUCGCAUGUUGGAUCUUCCUCUCAGGUUACUGCUGGUGUGAAUGGUCAAAUGGUGGCACCAUGGAAAGAGAAUUGUCAGCCUGUUAUAGCUGAUUGUCAAGCCAAUAUAAAUGAGAUAUCUAGUGCUGAUCUACAAGCCAUGGAUGCAACACAACCAGAGUGAUUAAUAGAAGAGAUAUCCUUAGUAAGUUUCUUGUAUCUUAAGAUAUAGCCUUAGCAUAUUAGUAUAUACAAUACAACAGCCAUAUUGUAUAGUAUAAUCAAUGUGACCCCUUAUAGCAGAAACUAAUAGUUUCACUUACACAUAAAAGAAUAACACACACACUAUAGUGUAAACCCAGACAUUUCUCUGUUAUGGUCUGUCUAUAUAUAUUUACUAUACUAGCCGGUAAAAUAAGCUUUCAAACUCUUUGCUUUUUGAUGCAAUUUUUCUCAAGUAGUUGCCUCAUGAUACUAUUA